UUGUUUUGCAGUUGGAAAGCAGCAAAUUAUUCAGAAUUUUGGGGUAAAACAUUGGAACAAGGUGUACGAUAUCGUUUGGGAACACUAUUUCCGGAGAAAAGUGCACGGAAUAUGAAUGAAGUGGUAAUAAAACCUCGAGAACUUCCGUCGAGUUUUGAUGCACGAGAAAAAUGGCCAGAAUAUAUUCAUGCAGUUCGUGAUCAAGGAGAUUGUGGAAGUUCAUGGGCAUUUUCAACUACAGCAACAUCUGCUGAUCGAUUAGCAAUCAUGUCAAAUGGUCGUCUGAAUACGGCACUUUCACCACAACAAAUGCUUUCCUGUAGUCAGCAAAAGAAAAAUGGUUGUCAGGGUGGUCAUCUGGAAAAAGCUUGGUGGUAUAUCAGAAAAGUUGGUGUUGUAAGCGAACAGUGUUAUGAAUACAAUAGUGGUCAUACCGGAAAACUUGGCAAAUGCCAAAUUCCAAGAACUGCAUUCUUUAGUGACGAUGGUUUGGAAUGUCCAUCUGGUGGCAUGGAUAAUAACAUCUACAAGAUGACACCAGCUUACAGGAUCUCGAAUAAGGAAGAAGACAUUAUGACAGAAAUCAUAACAAAUGGUCCGGUUCAAGCAACUUUCUUGGUUUAUGGCGACUUUUUUAUGUACAAAAGUGGUGUAUAUCAGCAUUUGGAUUCAGAUACCAUGUAUGAUUACGCGCCAAAAGGAUAUCAUUCGAUAAGGCUUAUUGGGUAAGU